AGUCAAUCACUUCCCAUUCACCCCAACCCACACGCGGCACUGCCAUCUCACAAAUUGCAGGGAUUUCGCAUUGAUUGUAUACCUACCUAUAAACUGCUUGCUGCCCUUGCAUUCACCGCCGACCGCGACCCCUGCCAACCAUUGGACUGUUUCUUUGCGUCCGCUGCGAUCCCUUGCGCCUUUGUGGUCAGCCAACCAUGGCCGAAUCAUCGUCAUCACAGCCUUCUGUUCCGCCUUCAUCAUCGCAACCUCCUCCUCCUCCUCCAGCAGCAGCAACUGCAGCUGCCGCAGCUUCAUCCACCCCGGUCCCGCCAUCCAGCCAACCCGCCGCAACCUCACCCGGCACGAUCGUGCCUAAACAAGAGCCAGACAUCGCAGACACCAACGCGCUAGACAACUCGAUCUCACAAGAAGACGUCGAGAUGGCCAACACGGGCCCCAGCGCCACCGCCGCCAACCCGACGAGCGGCGGCAACGAAGAAGCCGGCAACUCGGUCCCGGCGCCUACCUCCGUCGACGCGCUGGCAGCGGCGUCAGCGCCGUCAAAGAAAGAAACCAGUUUACGCGAAUUCCUAGGGAAGAUGGACGAAUAUGCACCGAUCAUCCCGGACGCAGUAACAGCCCACUACCUAACCCUCGCCGGCCUCCCACCCCCAGGCACAGGACCCAACCAAACACCCCCGCACCUAGCGCGGCUCCUCGCCCUCGCGACCCAGAAGUUCAUCGCCGACAUCGCGGCCGACUCGUACCAGUACGCUCGCAUCCGCGCGUCCAACAGCUCGUCCGCCAACAACCCGAUGGGCAGUUUGAAUGCCGCGUCGGGGCUGGGCAUGCCCGGUGGCGCUGGGGGGGUGGGGUCUACGGGCGCGGCGGCCGGUAUGUCCGGCGGAGACGCUGGCAAGGGGAAGGCCGGUACGCAUUUGGGGAUCCAGAGGCCUGGGUUCGGCGGUGGAGGGUCUGGUGGCUCCGGUCAGGGUCGCACGGUGCUUACUAUGGAGGAUUUGGGGAUGGCGGUUGCGGAGUAUGGGGUUAGUGUUAAGCGGGGGGAGUUUUAUCGCUGA